AUGGUGGUGAGACACAGUCAGAACAAACCUUCUGAAGAAGUGAUGACUGUCCAUCUGACUAAAGUUCAGCUUGGUGGCAAAAAGCUCCUCACUGAAAUGAAAUCCUCAGCCGCUUCAACACACACAGUAAGGCCAAAUAAAUGUUCUCUUUCUCAAUAUAUUUUUGUUUGUGUUCUUGGACCAACACACCAAGCUGUUCUAUUGAUGCAUAGUAUUGCCCUGUCUUCCACAGAGUAAGGUGGUGGUGAGGCACACAUUGUCGUUGGAAGGAGAGGUCAGUCAGAACAAGCAUUCUGAAGACAUUAUAACUGUCGAUCGGGCCAAAAACAUCCAGCUUGGUGGCAAAAAGCUCCUCACUGAAAUGAAAUCUUCAGCGUCUGCAGAACACGCAGCAUGUCCUUACAUUACAUUUCCUUUUCCUCUUCUUAGACUGUUAGAACAGACUAAUACACCAGGCUGUUUGAACUGAUGAAUGUUAACUUGCUCUCUAUUGCUCUGUACUUACUUAGUUACUUACUUGCAUACGUACCAAGUCACUUACUUAACAACUUACUUAGUUAGUUACUUACUUACUUACGUACUUACUCCACCUACUUACAUACUUGCUUACUUACUUAAUUAGUUACUUACUUAGUAACUUACAUAUUUACUUAAGUAGUUAUUUAGUUACUUAGUUACUUACAAACUUAGCUACCAGCUUACUUACAUAGUUACUGAGUUACUGACUACUUAUUUACUUACUUACUAAGGUAGUUACUUUGUUACUUAGUAACUUACUUACUUACUAAGUUACUUAGAUACUUAUUUAGUUACUUACUUACAUACUUAAUUACUUACUUACUUAUUUACUUAAUUACUUAGUUCUCUGUCUCGUGUGGGACAUACUGUAAGGCGUCAAAAAUCUUCUGGCCACUGAAGUCUGUAUUUGGCCACGGCUUUUGCCCUGUCCCAUGAGAGACCCGUCUCUUCGACAGCUUUUGCCCCUUUCCCAUGAGAGACCCGUCUCUUCGACAGCUUUUGCCCCUGUCCCAUGAGAGACCCGUCUCUUCGACAGCUUUUGCCCUGUCCCAUGAGAGACCCGUCUCUUCGACAGCUUUUGCCCUGUCCCAUGAGAGACCCAUCUCUUCGACAGCUUUCGCCCUGUCCCAUGAGAGACCCGUCUCUUCGACAGCUUUUUGCCCUGUCCCAUGAGAGACCCAUCUCUUCGACAGCUUUUGCCCUGUCCCAUGAGAGACCCGUCUCUUCGACAGCUUUUGCCCUGUCCCAUGAGAGACCCAUCUCUUCGACAGCUUUUGCCCCUGUCCCAUGAGAGACCCAUCUCUUCGACAGCUUUUUCCCCUGUCCCAUGAGAGACCCAUCUCUUCGACAGCUUUUGCCCUGUCCCAUGAGAGACCCGUCUCUUCGACAGCUUUUGCCCUGUCCCAUGAGAGACCCGUCUCUUCGACAGCUUUUGCCCCUGUCCCAUGAGAGACCCAUCUCUUCGACAGCUUUCGCCCUGUCCCAUGAGAGACCCGUCUCUUCGACAGCUUUCGCCCUGUCCCAUGAGAGACCCGUCUCUUCGACAGCUUUUGCCCUGUCCCAUGAGAGACCCAUCUCUUCGACAGCUUUCGCCCUGUCCCAUGAGAGACCCGUCUCUUCGACAGCUUUUGCCCCUGUCCCAUGAGAGACCCAUCUCUUCGACAGCUUUCGCCCUGUCCCAUGAGAGACCCAUCUCUUCGACAGCUUUCGCCCUGUCCCAUGAGAGAGCCGUCUCUUCGACAGCUUUUUCCCCUGUCCCAUGAGAGACCCAUCUCUUCGACAUGCUUUUGCCCUAUCCCAUGAGAGACCCAUCUCUUCGACAUGCUUUCCCCUGUCCUAUGAGAGACCCAUCUCUUCGACAGCUUUCGCCCUGUCCCAUGAGAGAGCCGUCUCUUCGACAGCUUUUUGCCCUGUCCCAUGAGAGACCCAUCUCUUCGACAGCUUUUGCCCUGUCCCAUGAGAGACCCGUCUCUUCGACAGCUUUUUCCCCUGUCCCAUGAGAGACCCGUCUCUUCGAAAGCUUUUGCCCUGUCCCAUGAGAGACCCAUCUCUUCGACAGCUUUCGCCCUGUCCCAUGAGAGACCCAUCUCUUCCAGCUCAUCCACCAUAUUGGACUAAUACACCGAGCUGUUAUAACUGAUUAAUGUUAACUUGCUUUGUGUUAAACAGAGUAAGAUGGUGGCAACAUCUGAAGGGAAAACUGUAGAGGCUUCUGAUAGAAACGUCCUGGCUGAUACUGAUGGUGAUGUUGUAAUUGUUUGGUCGCCAACAGAACAGGACGGUAGUUCUGCCCACGGAGGAGGUCAACCUGUCAGACAUUGACUUCCUGGUUUUCCACCCAUGACGAGCAGGGGGGGGUCGGCCAAUCGAUGAGUGGAAGAGACAGGUCACGGCGGGUCUGCCACAGGCCAGGCUAUUGGACGAGGAAGACCGGAGGAGGAAGGUGAGGCACUCUGAUUGGAUAUCCCAAUACGGUCACAGCUCUGAUUGGUUUCGGCCGGAAUGGUUACAGCUUUUGUCCAAAUGGUACUUAUCGUAUCCGCUUUAAGAGAACUUACGCAGCAGGUUAGGAUAAUUAUUGUAGCAGGUUAGGAUAAUUAGGUUAAGGUUAGUUGGGUUUAGCUAAAAUGCCCUCAUAAAUCUACUUUUGAUGUCAAUUUGACAAAAGCUGUAUCCCAUCUAGACAUGACCGCUCUGAUUGGAUAUCCCAUGAUAUGGUCACAUCACUAGGACUGGCAUGUUUUUCGUAUCACUACAUCAAUCAGGAUAUAAAAAUACUGUUUCUCAGACCCAGAUUAAGCCUACUCGUGGACUAAUGCACUCAGGCAGGACUUUGUGUCCAAGAAACUGUCCCUCAGAGUGUGUGUGUCGGUGACAUGACAUGUGAUGUACUGUAUAUUAAAACCUCUGCGCUGUGUCUCCUCCACCUCUGUAGGAGAAUGGGACCCCGGCCCACAACGCAAUCCCGGGCCUGUCUGGAGAGCUGCUCACCGAGGAUGACCUGAUCCACCCGGAGAAGCAGAUUCAGAGCGUGUCCAACCAGAAGGACUGUGAGGGCUAUGAGACAGAGCUAGCCCGUCUGGCUGAGGAGCUCAGGACCAUCCUGCCAGCUCCCCAUCGUCAACAUCACAGCCAGCUCACAGUUCAGAAACCUCAACCAGGAGUCUCUGGUGAUGUUAAACUAUGUGCCUUUUAAGCUACAUUUCCUAUUGAUAAACUGAUUCCCUUGGUGGUUUACUUGGGUAUCUUGAAGGGCGCUAACUAAACGUUUUGUUAUUAUUAUUAUUAUUAUUAUUAGUCAGAUCCCUGUGCCGUUGUGGUGCAACAUGUGCAUGCUGAUGGCCAACCUGGCAGACGGGCCGUACUCGAAGAUCCUCAACACAGAGUUGUCCACGGUGUUCUCCCAGAUACAUCGACUUCAACCCGGGGGGAGAAGAUAG